GAGAAGGUGGGAAGCGAAACGAGGCUGUGAGGCCGGUGCGGAGAGUCUUGAUAAGAGAUUUGUACUCAUCGAACCAAUAGUCAACUCCUCCUCCUAAAUUGCACACACACAUAGAGCUCAGUGAUCGCUUUGCGAAGAGCUGGAUACCUGUAAGAAAAGAACGUCUGUUUUGUAAUAACCCGUGCUGGACACGAACAAUUGUACGUUUUUACGCAUUCCUUCCUUGCGUUUGUUUUUCUGUUAUAUUCGAUCGAUAUUCGUCGGUUUUGAAAUGUUUUGCGCCAGCAUCCACAAGCAGUAUUGAAAUUCGCUGUUGUGAACUCAAGAGUGGAGGCCAGGAUACUCACCACUACAAUUCUACCGUGUUUUUAGUUGUUUUUUCUUUCUGUAUUGUCUCUUGGAAUAAUUUUUGCCUUGUCCAUUUUGGUCGUAAUGCAAGUUGAACGUUUCAGUAGUCCUUGAUCACUUUAAUUCGAUGACAGACUGAAAUUGGUGCAUUUUUGUGCAUCUUGAAAUCUGCAAGUUGAGCGCUGUUACUGGAUCCAGAGUUUACAUUGGGGUUUGCUGUUUUGGCCUGCAGAUCUGAGGGAGACGCUUGCAAGUGUAGCCCUCCAGUCUCCACGAUGCUCUUCCACGGGCUCCCCGGAGGCGAGAUGCAGGGGGUCAUCGACGAGAUGGACCGGAGGGUGAAGGGCGAAUCUACCGCCAUCAGUUCGGCUAUAGACAUGGGGGAAACUGAGACGAGUAUGACGUCCAUCAACAGCGACCGUGUGGCCUUGUGCGCGGGAUGCGGGGGAAAGAUAUCUGACCGCUACUACUUGCUCGCGGUGGACAAACAGUGGCACAUGCGCUGUCUCAAGUGCUGCGAGUGCAAACUAAACCUCGAGUCCGAGCUUACCUGUUUCAGUAAAGACGGCAGCAUCUAUUGCAAAGAAGAUUACUACAGCAGGAGGUUUUCCGUCCAGAGGUGCGCCCGGUGCCAUCUCGGGAUCUCCGCGUCGGAGAUGGUCAUGCGGGCGAGGGAUUUGGUCUACCACUUGAACUGUUUCACCUGUACAAGCUGCAACAAAAUGCUCACGACCGGAGAUCACUUCGGAAUGCGGGACAGUCUUGUGUACUGCCGGCUCCACUUUGAGACACUCAUACAAGGGGAAUAUCAAGCGCAUUUCAAUCACGCGGGGGAUGUAGCCUCGGGCAAAGGACUUGGCGAGAGCGGCACGGGAAACUCGCUGGGGAUGCAGUAUUACAACGGCGUCGGUACGGGGCAGAAAGGAAGGCCGAGGAAAAGGAAAAGUCCCGGGCCUGGAGCAGAUCUGGCUGCUUACAACGCAGCGUUAAGUUGUAAUGAGAACGAUGGAGACCACCUGGACCGAGACUCCCACUACUCCUCCAGCUCCAAGUCCAAGCGCAUGCGCACCUCCUUCAAACACCACCAACUGAGGACCAUGAAGUCCUACUUUGCCAUCAACCACAAUCCGGAUGCCAAGGACCUGAAACAGCUGGCCCAGAAGACAGGUCUCACCAAACGGGUGCUGCAGGUUUGGUUCCAAAACGCCAGGGCCAAGUUUAGACGGAACCUACUACGUCAGGAGAGCACAGGGAUGGACAAGGUGUCGGAUGGGUCCACUCUACCAGGGGGGUCGCCUUCGGGCCCCCACUCCGAGCUCUCCAACGCCUCAAUGAGUCCUUCCAGCACCCACACCACCCUCACGGACCUGACAAGCCCCUCUAUUCCGUCGGUUAACCCUCUACUGACCGCCGUGCCGGGGGGCAUGGACCCCCACGACUCCAUGAGUAUGAGUCCUUCCCAGACCACCCUUACCAGCCUCUUCUGAUGUUACCAACACCACCCCAUCCCAUCGCAGACCACCCUUACCAGCCUAUUCUGAUGUCACCGACCGCACCCCAUCACACACCACCCUUACCAGCCUUUUCUGAUAUUACCUACCCCAUCCCAGACCACACUUACCAACCUCUUCUGAGGUCACCGAUCCCACACCACCCCACCCCUCCCUAAACCCAUCCAACACCACACCAGGUCACUCAAAGACUAAGAGACUGAAGAGAGAGACACUUAAAUACAUGAUAUUCCCUGUGGACCUCAGAUUACUGCCCCGUCUAUUUCUAGUCUUUGUAUGAGUAGCAACUAAAGCCUUACAGAGCGGUCGGUUUGAUUUCAUCAAGAGCUGAAGAUACUUUUUCUGUUUUCAUCUUUGUUUCCUUUCCACGUUGGCUGACUGAUACUACCGAGAUGUAGAUUCUCACUCCACCACCCCGACCACUCUGUUUCUAGGUAGAGAUUUUUUAAAAAUAUAUACAAAAAUAAAAAAGACAAUGGAAAAGGACUGUGAAACUGAAAAUGUAUUUGGAAAAAACAUUGGAGAGUGUAAAAUGCAGAUACAAAGUACUGUAGCAAGGUUAUCCGGAAGACUCUAGCGUGCCUUAUAUAUUUUAUCACACUGAGGAAUCCCUGAUCGGAUAGAUGUCUGAUCUAGGUGGCAUAUUUCUUGAAAUAUUUGGUUGAAGGAUGGGUGACCCACUGACAAACCGCGUUUGCUUACAACAUGGCAAUGAAAGCAAUUCUACUUUACAAUUCACUCUGCACACAGUGAGGACUGAUCGAUGAAAUAGAAAUAGCAUUGAUGAGAAUUAGAAUUACAUUGAUAAAGUUAAUAUAAAGAUAUCAUGGUCAUUAUCUUUUAGACUCAGUCAUUGCUUGCAGUACACACCAGUAAUAGUUGGUUACAACUUCGAUAUUUUGUAACAAUAAAGUGUCGUAUGCGGAAAUGAGAUAUAAUGUAUAUUGAUAUCUGACUCGUUGCUUGAUGGAAUUGCAAUGAUACUAUUUACAGUCCCCAUUUGAAUACACAACACAAGUAGCUACAACAUAUCGAGCUAUUUUCCAGCAUCACACUGUUUGGUUUAUGAAUUGAUAGCUGUAACAUAUGGAUUAAGUUUUCAUAUUGAGAUAUUAUCGGUCUAUUUGAAUAUUGGCUCAUUCGUCACUACAUAAGAGUUUAUAUCAGUAUAGUGUACCAGAUGCACUUCUACAGUAUAUUGUACCAAAUGCACUUCUACACACACACACACACACACACACACACACACACACACACACACACACACACACACACACACACACACACACACACACACACA